AGCUGUGUGUUACUCUCUCUCUCUCUCUCUCUAAACCCCACUUUUUAGGUUCCAAAAUCAAAAUCAAAAGCGGCGAAAGCAAACAAUCAGAAAUCUCCUUCGCACCAUUCAAAACUGCGACCUUCCCAAAAUCUAAAUCUCUCUCUCUCUCUCUCUCUCUCUCUCUCUCUCUCUACAUUUCUAGAGAGAGAGACAAAAGACUAGAGGAACUGCCGGAGCUUUUCUCACUCUAGAUACGAACAGACGCACACACACAUAUUUAUAUCUAGAGAGACAGGUGUGUGAGGAUGUCGGCGUCGCCGGCUCCGGCCACCACUCCAUCAACCAACACCACUUCGCCCCCACCCGCCGCGACCGCUUCCCCGCCGCCGACCACCACUCCAGCCGCUUCUCCGCCUCCACCGGCCACCACUCCAACCGCAUCGCCGCCUCCUCCCGUAACCCCCGCUGCCUCUCCCCCUCCGCCGUCCACCACCACUCCAUCUCCCUCCACCACUCCCACCGCUACCCCUCCCACGUCAUCCUCAACCCCAUCUCCCCCUCCUCCUACGUCCACCAACUCAUCGCCGCCUCCGCCCCCCGCGAGUAAGUCCACGCCUUCGCCGCCCCCUCCGUCCUCCUCUACGACGCCGUCAUCGACGACUCCAUCAUCGUCGCCGCCGAGCUCGUCGGGUAUAUCGACGGGGACUGUGGUGGGAAUUGCGAUUGGAGGGGUUUUGAUUCUGGCGAUUCUGAGCAUUUUGUUUGUGUGUUGCAAGAAGAAGAAGAGGAGACAGCCUGAUUACUAUGUUCCACCACCACCACCGCGUGGGCCUAAAGAUGACCCAUAUGGUGUCCAACCGCAAUAUUGGCAACAUGGUGUUCCACCGCCUGAUAAUCAUGUUGUCACAAUCCCUCCACCUAAACCCUCUCUUCCACCUGGAGUAGCGUCACGGCCUCCACCCCCACCUCCUCCACCUCUCAUGAGCAGUAGCGGCGGUUCAGGCUCCAACUACUCAGGGGGUGAAAACCCUCUCCCGCCUCCUUCACCUCCGAUGUUUUUAGGUUAUGGAAAGAGCACAUUUACAUACGAAGAAUUGUCUAUGGCAACAGAUGGAUUCUCAAAUGCAAACCUCCUUGGGCAAGGUGGGUUUGGAUAUGUGCACAAGGGAGUCCUUCCCAAUGGGAAAGAAGUCGCGGUUAAGCAGCUGAAAGCAGGAAGUGGUCAGGGGGAACGUGAAUUUCAGGCCGAGGUUGAGAUCAUUAGCCGGGUGCAUCACAAACAUCUUGUUUCAUUAGUUGGUUACUGCAUGGUUGGGGCCCAAAGAAUGCUUGUUUACGAGUUUGUUCCAAACAACACCAUGGAGUUCCACUUACAUGGAAAGGGAAGACUUAUAUUGGAUUGGGCCACAAGACUCAGAAUUGCUUUGGGGUCUGCAAAAGGACUGGCAUAUCUUCAUGAGGACUGCCAUCCUAAGAUCAUACAUCGCGACAUCAAGGCAUCUAAUAUACUGCUGGAUUUUAGCUUUGAGGCAAAGGUUGCAGACUUUGGACUUGCAAAGCUUUCUUCUGAUGUCAACACUCAUGUAUCAACUCGGGUGAUGGGUACUUUUGGGUACCUGGCUCCGGAAUAUGCUUCUUCUGGGAAACUCACGGACAAGUCAGAUGUUUUUUCAUUCGGGGUUGUGCUUCUGGAGUUGAUUACUGGACGCCGACCUGUUGACUCAACUCAAACUUACAUGGAUGAUAGCUUAGUAGACUGGGCAAGGCCCUUGCUAACACGAGCUUUGGAAGAUGGAAAUUAUGAUUCUCUUGUUGAUGCACGGUUGCAAAGGCAGUACAACAACAAUGAGAUGGCUCGCAUGGUUGCUUGUGCUGCUGCUUGUGUGCGCCAUUCAGCUCGACGUCGACCACGACUGAGCCAGGUAGUACGGGCCUUAGAAGGAGAGGUGUCUCUAUCCGAUCUCAACGAAGGCAUAAGACCAGGGCACAGCACAGUCUACAGUUCUAAUGCAAGCUCAGACUACGACACGAGCCAAUACAACGAGGACAUGAAAAAAUUCAGGAAGAUGGCAUUGGGAAGCCAAGAGUAUGGGGCCAGCAGCGAGUACAGCAACCCCACUAGCGAUUACGGUCUGUACCCAUCUGGAUCGAGCAGCGAAGGCCAACAGACCACUAGAGAAAUGGAGAUGGGAAAGACGAAGAAAGACAGUCGAGGUUUCAAUGAAAGUUCGUAGUUGCUUGUUUGUGAAUUUUGAUUGCAGAGUUGCAUGCCUUGUAUGAAGCUAACCUACACAAUAUAUUUUCCUGUUUUUUUUUCCCCCCCAAAAAAGGAAUGUGGUUUCUCCUUGUAUUUAUAGGCAUUAUACCAGUGAAUUGGAGUGCUGGGUUAAUUCUUUUAUUUGAUGCUUGAGUUUUAGCUU